UGUCUCAGCGCGCACACACACAGGCACACACACAUACUGAAGCACACUCACACACACACACACACACACCGUGUGUGAGUGACUGGAUGCUGAGCGAGAGAAAGAGAGGAGAGAAUCGUUUCAGAUCAGGCGAGAGGGGACCGGGGAGAGCACCGCAGCGCCACAGACAGCUCCUUUUUCUUCCUCCGUGGAGCUUUUUUUUUUCUCCCCCCUCUUUCUCGCCAGCUGAUCCAAACGCGCUCACCUGACACGGGAACGGAGGCGCAAAAAAGAGAGAAAAAAUACAAACAAACCAGAAAAAAAAAGAAGAAGAAGAAGAUAAAAACCCACAGAGCCUUCACUGGAGGAGUAACGCUGUACGGGAUCAGAAUAUUUGUGGGAUUUGGCGCAAGUGUCAUUUUUUUGUGUGUGUGGAUAUUAUGUAAAAAAGAACAAGAAGGGAGAAGAAGAAGAGGAAGAAGAAGAAGAAAAGCCCAUUCCAGCUGGCCGGCACGGCUCCAUUCAAGAAUUUUUUUUGUCCCGGUGGAUUGUCUGUCGUUUUGGGGGGUGAUCGGAAACCCGUUUGCAUACUAAUCGCGUUUUUUUUUUUUGGAGAGGAUAUCCAGAGCGCACAUCCAGAGCUGCAGAGCGGGUCAGAUGAAUGUGUAGCAGUACCCAGCCAUGCCGUUAACAAGUAAAGGGUCAAGACGGAGGGCUUGGGUCGGCGGACCCUGUGUGUGCUCAAGUCUCUGGAGACGGAAGUCACUCUUUUAUUUCUGCAUCGUACUUGUUCUUGCGCAGUCUACAGCAGUUCAUGGAGGAGCACUGGAGCUCCAGCUGGACGAAGAGCAGCCUGCAGGGACCAUCGUUGGUGACAUCAGUGCUGGGUUACCGCCCGGUGAAACCGCAAGUCUUUACUUCAUCUCAGACCAUGAGGGCAAAGGCGUCGGCAGCGAUCUCAACAUCGAUGAAACCACGGGCAUCAUUACCACUGCACGCCGUCUGGACCGCGAACAGAGGGACCACUAUAGCUUUAUCGCUGUGACAAUGACAGGAAUCACCAUCGAGGUGUCAGUCACGGUCAACGACAUCAACGAUCAUGCACCCGUGUUCCCCAAAAAGAAGGCUGUUCUCAAGAUCCCAGAGCACACAGCAGUGGGGACAAGGUUUUCCCUGGAGCCUGCGACUGAUGCAGACAAGGACCAGCUGACCACCCAAGGCUACGCUAUUCGAGAGGGGAAUGUAGGCCAGGCAUUCAAACUGGAGACCAAGAGAGGUGCUAACAAGGUGCUAUAUCUAGACCUGGUGGUCAACGGACUGCUGGACAGGGAGAAACGGUCACUUUACACUCUGGUCGUGGAGGCCUUCGAUGGGGGCUCACCCCGAAGGAUGGGAUCCAUGACCCUGGAAGUGACUGUGACUGACAUCAACGAUCAUGCGCCGGUCUUCAAUCAAAGCAGAUACCAUGCUAUUAUCUCUGAAAGUCUCCCACAAGGCAGCAGCAUCCUCCAGGUGUUUGCAACAGACGAGGAUGAUGGUGAUAAUGGUCUGGUCCUUUAUGAAAUCAACCGACGUCAGAGUGACCCAGACCGCUACUUCGUCAUGGAUGUCAAGUCUGGGAUCAUCACGCUGAAUAGGCCCCUGGAUUAUGAACUGAAAAGGGUCCAUGAACUGGUGGUCCAGGCCAGGGACAACGCCAGUCACCCCGAGGUGACCAACGCAUUCGUCACCAUUCACGUACGCGACUACAAUGACAACCAGCCCACUAUGACCAUCAUCUUCCUCAGUGAGGACGGCUCUCCGAGGAUCUCUGAAGGGGCCCAACCCGGCCAGUACGUAGCUCGGAUAUCGGUCACCGACCCAGACUAUGGAGAGUACGCCAAUGUGAAUGUGUCCCUCGAGGGGGGUGAUGGGAAGUUUGCUCUCACAACCAAGGACAGCAUCAUCUACCUGAUAUAUGUGGACCAGGUUUUGGACAGAGAGGAACGUGAUUCGUAUGACCUCAGAGUAAUGGCCACAGACUCCGGCACGCCACCCCUCAGGGCGGAGUCAUCUUUCACCAUCCAGGUGACUGAUAUAAAUGACAACCCACCGCUGUUCGACCAGCAGGCCUACAGACAGACCAUACCUGAGGUUGUCUAUCCUGGCUCCUUUGUUCUCCAGGUGACUGCCAGGGACAAAGACCAGGGCCCCAAUGGGGAUGUCCGAUAUAGCCUCCUCAAGGGCAAAAACUCUCACUCUGAUUGGUUUUCCAUUGACCCGGUCACAGGGAUCAUAACCACGGCGACGGCUCUGGAUUUCGAGUCAGAGCCGGCCCCUAGUGUGACUGUUAUAGCGACAGAUAGCGGUCGGCCGCCGCUGUCUUCCACGGCGAAGGUGGACAUUGUUCUGCAGGAUGUUAAUGAUAACACCCCUGUGUUCUCCAGCAACUUCUACAAUGCCUCCAUCAAGGAGAACACCCCAGCUGGGACCUGCUUCCUAGAGGUGUCCGCCACAGAUGAGGAUCGUGGUUCCUUUGGUUCUAUAUCCUACACCCUUGGUUCUGGUUCUGGAAGCACAGCACCGUCCCUCUUUACCAUUGACAAGGAAUCUGGCCAGCUUUGUACCCGCACGGCUCUGGACCGGGAUGAGGGAAUGGACAAGUUUGACUUGACCGUCACUGCAACAGAUGGAGGUGGUUUAACCUCAGUGGCCCGUGUGCGGGUCAAAGUCGUGGACAUCAAUGACAACAGGCCCGCCUUCUACCCGGUCCUCUACACAGUCAGUCUCAGCACCCAUAGUGCCCCUGGAACCUCUGUCGUCAAGGUAACGGCAAAUGACCCUGAUGCUGGGGAAAACGGCAGGGUGACCUACCGCACGGUACCUGGAGGAGGCUCGGCUUUUUUUACUCUCAACAAGGACACAGGUGUGAUUUCUCUCUCGCGCUCGCUCCACGGCAAAGCCAACACGGUAAUCUCCAUGGUGAUAUCUGCCGAGGACGGUGGGGGUCUGACGGCGCCGGUCAAUGCCAGGGUAAACGUGAGCGUGGUGGCAGGCUCGGUGGCGUCUCCUGUGUUCGAACAGGCCCAGUAUUUCUUCACGGUGUCCGAGGACGUCCUCAGGGGGACGCUGGUGGGAGCGGUCCGUGCCUCUGUCAAGACAGGUGUUUCGAAGGAUAUCUUAUACUCCAUCUCCUCCGGUGACCCUGAUGGUUACUUCACAGUGGACAGCGCCUCUGGUACUAUUCGCACCGCCCUUCCUCUGGACCACGAAACUUGCUCCAGUCUUGAUCUGGAGAUCCAGGCACGCUCCGGCUCUCCUCCGGCGUACGGCACCAGCCGUGUACGAAUAACCAUUUCAGACGUCAACGACAAUGGCCCCACGUUCCUCCCCUCCUCUUCCGAGUCCCUCCUUCUCCCUGAGAUCACCAAAAUGGGGACUGUCAUCUACACCAUUCAGGCCACCGACAAGGACUCCGGUCACAACGGUCAGCUCAGCUUCGACCUUGUCUCUGCCGGAGCUGCAGGCAGCAGCGGCCAGAGGACGUUUGGUGUUGACCGUGGCAGCGGGGAGGUACGCCUAAUAGGGAGUUUGUCAUACGAAAGCGUCCCACGCUACGAUCUUCAAGUGGUUGCCAAGGAUGGUGGAGCGCCUCAGCUUAGCUCCACCUUCACCCUUGUGGUCCACAUCCAAGCGCAAGACGCACAAGGCCCCAACUUUGACACCCUGACCUACCGCGUGGAGCUGCGAGAAAACACACCUCUCAACACACGCUUCCUCCAGGUCCGAGCACUCAACAUAGAAGCUUCUGGGAAUGGUGGGAGCUCCUCCUCCUCUUCCUCCUCCUCUAUUUCCUACCGCCUCAGGCCCGAUGGUGACGCUGCUGGUUUUGGCAUCAUGCCAGAUAGCGGGUGGCUUUUUGUCCGGAGCUCUCUGGACCGAGAGGUCAAGGACAUGUACCUGCUGACUGUCCUGGCCACUUCAGGCCCAGGAGGAGCGGGGAGAACCGGAAGCGCAACGGUCAGGGUGACGGUUACUGAUGAAAAUGACAAUUCCCCAAGACUGAGCCAGGAGAGGGUGUUCCUGGCUGUCAGAGAGAACCUGCUGGCGGGGACGGGCUUUGGCAGGGUGUCUGCAACAGACAGAGAUGCAGGACUAAACGCUCGACUGACCUACAGGCUGCUGCACACUGACAGACACUUCCAGAUUAACUCGCAAACAGGUGAGAUUAGCACUCGCCUCGCCCUAGACAGAGAGCAGCAGUCCAGCUACCAGCUUGUUGUGGUCGUACACGAUGGCGGUACGCCUCCCCGCAGCGCCACCGGCACCGCCCAUAUCACUGUGUUGGAUGAAAACGACCACGCCCCCAGUUUCACGCACGCCAGGCCGGACAGAGAGCUGGUCCUUCAGGUAAUGGAAGGACUUCAAUCAGGAACAGUCCUCACGACAGUAACAGCUAAAGACCCAGAUGAGGGAGAGAACGGGACCGUAUACUAUUCUUUAUCAGGCCCCAGAGCAGAGCGUUUCUCCCUUAACCCGUCCUCUGGCGAGCUGAGAACAGCAUCCCCCCUGAGAAUGGCAGAGCGAUCGGAGUACACCUUCACAGUGACCGCCGCUGACCACGGCACACCAGGCCUCAGCUCCACCUGCCAGCUACAGAUACAGGUUCUCAGCUCCGCCAAGUCCAGCCCAAAGCCCAACAUGCUCUCCAUGACCUUGAACACAGUGGAAGGGGCCACUCCGGGCUCCAUCAUUGGCUCUGUGCGCCCACAUGACCAACAGGAACCCUUACUGGAAGGCCAAGUGACCUACCUGGUAGUGGGGGGAACUGACCGAGAUGGGACCUUCAUGGUGGACCGUUUAAAGGGCGAUGUGUACCUGGUGCGCGAGCUGGACUACGAGAAGGGGUCGAGCUACACACUGCACAUCGAGGUGUCCGACUUCUCCCAGGCGUUUCCCAGCAGCCACCUGGUGCGGCUGGAUAUCAUCGUGCAGGACAGCAAUGACCAUGCCCCCCAGUUCACAGAGGAUCCUGUUACCAUUGUGAUCCCAGAGAACAUCGAGCCAGGGGCUUCAAUUUAUACCUUCCAGGCUUCGGAUCAGGACGGCAGCGGACCAAACAGUGAGCUACAUUACUCCAUCGAGCACUACUGGCCGAACAUGCCAGAUCUCCUGACCCUUGACCCCUCCAGCGGAGUCCUGACUCUGGGGCAGAAGUUAGAUCGUGAGUCGACGCCAUCCCUCUACCUCGUGGUGCGGGCCACGGACCAGGCAGUGGAUCCCUCUCAGAGGCGCUGGGGUUCAGUCACCGCCCGGGUGUUUGUGACAGACGAGAACGACAACGCUCCGGUCUUCAGCUCACCGUCUGCAGUCAGCGUCAUGGAAGAUCAGCCUGUAGGGUUUGUGAUUUUGUACGUGAUGGCUCGAGAUGACGACGAAGGAGAAAACGGCAGAGUGUCUUACAGAAUCCAGGCAGGCAACAGCGCCGGUCGCUUCAGUCUGAACCCAAACACUGGCUCUCUCUCCAUCCUUAAAGCCUUAGACCGGGAGGAGCAGGAAGUCUUCAACCUGACCAUUGUAGCAGAGGAUCAUGGGAUACCUCAGCUGUCCACCUCUCAGGUGCUGUCCGUGCAGGUGAUCGAUGUGAACGAUGAAGCUCCAGUGUUCCAGCGAGCCGAGUUUGAGGCCCAGGUGAUGGAAAACCGAGGACCGGGCACAACUGUGUUCACAGUUACUGCCACUGACCGGGACCAAGGCUCUAAUGGCCAAGUGACGUACGGAGGCGUGACAGAGGAGGGCUUCAUCAUCAACCCUGUGACGGGAGUCAUCACCACCACCAAGGAACUGGACGCUGAGCUACAGAACCACUACACACUCACCGUGUAUGCCAGGGACAGAGGGCUGCCUCCUAACUUUGCCAAGGCCGUGGUCCGUUUGGAGGUGCAGGACGUGAACGACAACGCUCCGGUCUUUGCAAAGCCGUGGUACGGGCUGGAGGUGCCGGAGAACCAGGCCCCCGUAGAGCUCUUCUUUCUCAAGGCCACAGACCCUGAUACUGGUCCCGGUGGAGAGCUGGAGUACAGGAUCACUGCUGGGGACCCUGAUCGAGAUUUCCACCUCCACACCAGCACAGGGGCCCUCUCCACCUCACGUGGUCUCGACAGAGAGACAAAGGCUGAAUAUACUCUGGAGAUCGUGGCUACAGACCGAGGCAGCCCUGCUCUCAGCACCACCGUCACAGUGGAAAUCAAAGUGCUGGAUGUCAAUGACAACAGCCCGGUCUUCAGCAAAAGUAGCUACACUGUUGAGGUGUCAGAGGACGCUGCAGAGGGGUACAAAGUUCUGGAGGUGUCAGCUGUAGAUGCUGACGAUGACCUUAAUGGAAAGGUUCUGUAUUUCCUUAGCCGAGAGGCACACGGAGCGUUUACAGUGGAUGAGAGCACCGGUGUUAUCACAACAUCGGCCCCCCUGGACCGGGAAAGGUGGGCGUCAUACAGCUUCCAGGUGUUUGCUGUCGACCUUUCACCUGCUGCCCCCAGGAACACCUCCGCUCAGGUGACUGUCACCAUCCUAGACGUCAACGACAACACUCCCUUCUUCAUCCAGGAUCCACUCGUCAUUGAAGUGUCCAGCAGGCGUUCCCAGCGGGUUCUAGCCACCAUGAAGGCCGAGGACAAGGACUUCGGAGCCAACGGUUCUGUGUUUUAUCGUUUCGCCACUCCAGUGAAGGGCUUCAGCAUCAACUCCCUGACUGGGGAGAUCCAGGCAACCGAGCCUCUGGGGGAACUGUCCCAGGCUCAGAGGACCCUGAUAGUGGAGGCCAUGGACCAGGGCACGCCAGCUCAGUCUGCACAGGGCGUGGUGGUGAUUUACGUGAAGGAGGUGGAAUACAGCGGCAUUCGCUUCUCUAGAAACGCCAGAGACGUCAGCAUACAGGAGAACGCCUUGAAAGGCACAGCUGUGGCUCAGGCGCAGGCUCAGCACCCAGAUGGCACACAAAGAGGUAUCAGCUACAGCCUCUUCAGUGGGAACAGAAAGCAGGCCUUCACCAUCAGCUCCUCAUCAGGUGAAAUCAGGGUGCAGAGUUCCAGGGGGCUUGACUUUGAAGACACCCCCAGACUGCGUCUUGUUGUGAAGGCGGAAACUGUGUCCUCCACGUCUUUCAUGGCUUUCAACCUGAUCCUGCAGGACGUCAAUGACAACCUUCCUCGCUUCCAGCUGCAGAAUUAUGUUGCCUACAUGAGAGAAGCACAGGGAUAUGAAACACCAAUCAUCCAGGUGAUGGCUGAGGAUGUGGAUCAGGGCCAGAAUGGUCAGGUGACCUACUCCAUCCAGUCAUCAGGCAUGAGCGGCCUGUUCAAGAUUGAUCCGGUGACAGGAAGCAUCACCACGUCGGCCAUCAUGGACCGUGAGAUCUUUACCCAGACCAAGUUGGUAGUCACGGCAACUGAUAGAGGAAGUCCGCGAUUGGCUGGUUCCGCUACACUCACAGUGAUCAUUGUUGACCAGAACGACAACAGCCCCACAAUUCCCUUGCCCAAGGAAGUCCGCAUCCCAGAGAACAUGUUGAUCGGCACAGAGAUCACUCUUGUGACGGGUAAUGAUGUCGACUCCAGUCCUGCCCUCGCCUACUCUUUGCAUCUGGACCCGACAGCCCUGGGCAAGUUUGGGAUUCACCGCUACAGUGGAGGCGUUUCACUCACCGCCCCUCUGGACUUUGAGGAGAAGACGUGGUACACCCUGACUGUCAGAGCCACGGACACCCAGCACCAAACUGAGGCUAACAUAACAAUACUGGUGGAAGAUAUUAAUGACAAUGCACCUGCGUUCACCCAUGAUCUCUAUCAGGUAACUCUGCCUGAGCACACGCCGCCAGGAAGUGCAGUUGUCACAGUAACAGCAACUGACAGGGACUCGGGAGAGAAUGGAAAGAUCACCUACCGAGUAAUGUCAUCAACAAAGGAGGGCUUCUACAUCAACCCCAAUAAUGGAACCCUGUUCAUCAAUCACAGAGCUGAGUUUGACCCUGAACGCCCGUCAGUCAGCAUUGUUAUCGAAGCACGUGAUGGAGGUUCGCCCUCACUCUCCUCCCUCACCACUGUCCAGGUCCAAAUCUCUGACGUCAAUGACAACGCGCCCGUGUUCCACCAAUCAGAGUACAGGGCCACAGUUUCUGAGGAUGCCAUCCCAGGCUCAACGGUUCUGACUUUUGAGGCCUUUGACAGUGACCUUUCCCGAGAAAACUGCGGCUUUGACUUUGCAAUUGCUAACGGGAAUGAAGGAAAUGCAUUCCAGAUUGAAAGCAGUGUGCGGUUCCUAGAAGGUCGGGGCUUUCAAACAGUUGGGACUCUGCUGUUGGCGGAGGGGCUUGACUUUGAAACCAAACCGCUUUACAACCUGACUGUGGUAGUGUCGGACCGCGGUGUGCCCCAGAGGAGCUCUAGUGUUGCUGCGGUGAUUACCAUCAGUGAUGUGAAUGAUAACCCUCCGGUGUUCAGCAGAGCGGAAUAUACUGUGUCACUGAGUGAGGGAGCUGUCUCUGGGACGGAGAUCAUACGACUGACUGCUACAGAUCCAGACUCAACUCCCAACGCUGAGAUCCAGUAUACCAUCAGCUCUGGUGAUGAGGUGAACUUGUUCACCAUGGACCAGUGGACUGGAGCCUUGCGACUUCAGCAAGCACUCGAUCGUGAGCACCAGUCCACACAUACUGUCAUCAUCCAGGCCACAGACGGACAGGGUCACUUUGCACUAGCUCCAGUCAUUGUUGAAGUCAAAGAUGUAAAUGACAACCAUCCAUUCUUCCCUGUGGAAGUCCUGACAGCCAGUAUCAGAGAAAACCAACCAGCAAACUCAGCUGUGACUGUCCUACAUGCCAUAGACCAUGACACAGGGGUUUUUGGCCAGCUGAAGUACCACAUGGUGGAGAGGUCUGGUGCAGGAAAAGACAGCUUCAUUUUGGAUCAGAACUCGGGAGAAAUCAGAAGCAGAGUCCCGUUUGACUUUGAGAAGAUCAACUCCUUCAACUUUGUGGCGCUGGCAGUCGAUUCAGGCAACCACUCAGCCACUGUAACUGUGCAGGUGUUUGUCACAGGAGAGGAUGAGUAUGACCCACUCUUUACAUCCUCUGAUUUCUCCUUCGAAGUCCCAGAAGGAGCUAAGAAAGGCCAGAGCAUCGGCCAGGUCCAGGCAAAUGAUGAGGAUGGAGGGGUGGAUGGUAUUGUUCUGUAUUCUCUUCCCACCAGCUCACCAUUUUUUGACGUCAACAAAACCACUGGGGUGAUCUUCCUGAAGCUGGAUGGUUCAGGCAGCAGUAGCAGCAGCGGAUCAGGCCGGAACAAACGGGAAGCCAGGCUGAUGACCCUGGAUGUGAAGGCCCACAGUCCUCUAGAGGCAUCUCGCACCACCACAGCCCAAGUCUCUAUCGAUGUCACAAAUACCAACUUCGGCCUGGCCCCUGAUGUCAACAUCCUGCUGAUUAGCAUCAUUGCUGUAUCGCUUGGUUUUAUUGUUUUGCUUGUGGUCAUGGCUGUGGUGGUGUUCCUUGUCAAGUCACGCAGGAGGAAGAAAGGCCAAGAUGCAGGAAACAGAGCUGUUGCCUCAGGAACAGCUCUACAGAAAUUGGAUGAGUGCAACACAGGGCAGGGAGGAGAGAGGAUCUACCACCAGGCGUUGCCAGGCUAUGCUGGAGAUCAGAGUGCCGGUGGUGGUCCCUAUACCAGAGGGGGUUCUCUGGAUCCUUCUCACUCCAGUGGAAGAGGGUCAGCUGAAGCGGCAGAGGACGACGAGAUCAGGAUGAUUAACGAGUACCCCCGCGUUGCCUCCAUUACUUCGUCCAUGCAGGAGCACAUCUCGGCCAGAGGACCAGACUCCGGAAUUCAGCAGGACGCUGACCAGCUCUCUGAUAUCUCCUGCGAGCCUGCAGCUUUGGAGGGCAGCACAUGGUUCAAAGGAAAGAAACUGGGAGGCAGUCUCAGUGGGACCUUGCUCUCUGGCCAGCUCCCAGUCUAUAGAGAUGAGGGAGGUGGGUACCUCGGAGUAGGUCGUGGUCUCAACAUUUCCCUCCCCAAGGAUUACGCCUUCCCUGAGGAUGGUAAACCGUCAGUCGAUGGCUCCCUCACAGCUAUCGUUGCCAGCGACGAGGAGCUACGUGGAAGCUAUAACUGGGAUUACCUGCUCAACUGGUGCCCUCAGUUCCAGCCUCUGGCUAAUGUCUUCACAGAGAUUGCCAGGCUGAAGGACGAGACUGCCCAGCAGAGCCAGAACCCUCGCCAACCCUUCCAGCCCAAGCACAAAAUGGAUCCCAAACCUAGAAUCGACCCUCCACCACUCAUCACAUCAGUGGCCCAUCCGGGGGCCAUGUCAGUUCCCCCGAAGGUUCCAGUGAUUGGACGGACAUUCCCGCACUUAGCGUCACUGCGCAGGUCCCCUAUCAGUCACGAGGGGUCCAUUUCAUCCGCAGCAAUGUCCCCCAGCUUCUCCCCUUCUCUGUCCCCGCUGGCAGCUCGAUCUCCAGCUGUUUCACCCUUUGGAGUCAACCAAGGGCCCUCAGCAUCCAUGAUCAGCACCAGGGAGCCCUCGCUGGACCAGAGUCCUGAUCACGAGAUGAGAAUAUGAAGGAAAAAUUAAAAGAUUAUUUAAGGACUAACUUAAAAGACAGACAACAUAAACAAAGCAUGAUGAAGCAUACUUCUGGCUGUUCUUUUUCAUGGAACAAAAGACAGAGAGUGGAGUUAUCAGUUGUACUGUCAUUCUCAGAAACAGUUUAAUGAAGAAAUGUCCAGAUUGUGACACUUGUUUUAAGUGUCCGACCAUAUGAAUUUUGGACGAUAAACACACCCACAAAAACACAAUUAUCCCUUUCCUGGUAGAAUAUUUGCAUUCUUUGGAGUACUUCUGUGGGUCGGCAGUGUUACAGGAAAACACAAACACGGAACAUGUGCCUGGGUUGACAGGACCAGCCCACUCUUCAAUGUCAACAGAACAGUGACGCAGGUCUUCAUGAACUGAACGGGGUUUAGGAGGGGAAACCGCCCUCUUCAUGGGAAUGUGCACUUACCAUGCCCCGCAGUCAGAGAUCCCUUAGUGUGUAGAUAGAUAGAUGUGUAGUUUUCUUGUUACCUCGCUGGCUGGCCAGAGAGCGAAGGAUCCUGUUCCUCUCUUUGUGUCUGUGGACAUUUUUACACUCCAGUAUUAAACUCAUCUAGCGGCUGCUUUUAAAAUGGCCUCUGGACGUGUGUUUGUGUGCGUGUUUGUGCGUGUGUAUGUGUGUGAGACUCCCAUGGACAGAAAAACUGUGUGCUCACAAAGACACUGAUUCAUUGAAUUGCCAAUGCAUCACAAAGUGGACGAGCAAUGGAGAUUAUUGUUUUUCCUCACCGAUCGAUGACACUUCUUUUGAUUUUUACUUUUAUUUUUAUAUAUUUUUAUAUGAAAUUAUGAUUUCAGAUCCAGAAAUGCCAUUAUUCCACAUGGAGAGGUUAUUGUUUUUGUGUAUUUGCAUAUAUGUAUAUUUGUAUGUAUGCAGGCUACGCUAUGUACUGUCUCCUAGGUUUUUAGAGACUCUUGUGACAGUUCUGAUGUGAGUGAGAAGGAGACUUUUGUGUUUCUAGCAUUAUUUAUAUGAAAAGAGGACUUGCUGCCACAUUUUGACAGCAGGAAACCAAACACAGCUCAUGCUACGCUGUGUUAUUACCUUAAGAUUUUUCUUUUUUUUUUUUGUCAAACUGUAGAUCAUCCCAAAUCCAGAACAGAAAUCUAAUGAAAACCUGUGAUAAAUCUAAAUGCCUGCUUCUCCAGCAGUUCAGCACUCUGCUGUGGUUUGCAGUUAUGCACAACAGCACAUUCCCUUUGUUAUUCAGGGACGACUCAAUUUGCUGAUCACCUCUGUGUCUUUGAAAGAAAGUGCUUCCUAAAAGUCAAUUACAUCGCUCACUAACUUAAAAUGCGUUUUACUGUGAAGUUGUUCAUCUCAGCACAACAAAAGUAGCGUGCAAAGAACAGGCUUGGACUCUCGUAGGAAGGUGGUGUAAGUGGCAACGUAGCACGCGAGCCAGACGAGCGGGAAGCAAAAAAGCCUGAAUGCAUGAGCCUUGAUGAAUGUACAAGGGAUUUCGAAACCGGUGCAGUAUUUAUUUCCAUGUUAACUCUCUGUUCUGCGCAUUUUAUAGCUAUGAUUCACUCACGAUUGUCACCAACAUGAUGAGGUGUUUUCAGGUUCCAUGUGUUAAACUCAUCAUCUGCACCUUCUUUCCUUUCUCUCUUCACUGGGAUCCAGUUUUAGCAAUCUGCUUGUGUAGCAAAAGGCUUUAAAACUGUCUUUUCAUGAUUUUUUUUAUCCUUCUGGCCUGUUUUUAAUCUUUUGGAGGUAAUUACAGUGUUUGGAAUGUCCUCUUGUUUUGAAAAAAGAAAAGAUGGCUUCUACCUCUGUUCUUUGUUCAACAUAACCCUACAAAUCGCUUGAUGCAAAGCUGGCACUGCAGCUAAAAGCUACACAUGCCAUGAGCCUAACUUCAGCACAACACUCUCUCGACUCAUAAUGAUGCUGUUUUCAGAAACAUUUCGCCAUUGGAGGACGUCCAUUUGGAGUUCAGUUUGAGAUGCCUGCCAGUGACUGAUCAGUGGAGCGAUGGCAGGAUAAAAAAGAGCUGUACAUGUAUUUAAAGCAAAUAAUAAAUUCCUACUGAUCUCUUUUGACAAA